GCGCCGUAUGCGCCCGGUCCUGCCUUCAUGACCGACCUCUACGAUUCGGACGAUGCCAUGAACCGCUCGCCUCCACCAGUGGCGGUGUGCCCCAAGUAUGAGCCCGACGAUGCCCGGCCCCCAUUCGUCCCUCUGUCCGACGAUGUCACCGAGAAAGGCGACAAGGGAACGCCAGAACGUUCCCGUAAGCCGCACCAGCCGGAAACCCAGACUCACACCCGUUACGGCGACUCGGUGCUGAUCAACUUUCUAGCUCCAGGCCGUCCCGAUAUCGCGGCCUUUGAGCGCGACAAUUCCUUGACCGAUUGUUUCAGGAAGAACCGGAGUCCAGUCGAUACGAAACCAUUGGAUGGUCCCGGAGGAUUGGUUUCCAAACCUAUUGAACCGCCGAAGCCGACUCCCGCUGAACCCGUGAGUCUCAAGGAAGAGGAACCUCGCGAUAGAGUCUCGGGAACACAACCUAGGAGGGACCUUGAGCGACCGUUAUCACCUGGGCAUAAGCUCCCCGCUCCAUUACCCCGGCUGGCACCGUCCGUAGAUAUCCCUCGCCCUCUCGACUUCCAGUCUCCAGCACAACGCCCGCAUCGUCUGAGCGUCUCCACCCUCACGCAUCCAGAUCGAAAACUUUCGCUUGACCACCAUCCUCUCAGUGACCUCAAACAAUCUCCCGAUCUGAAGAAUCGCAUCUCCCUCCCGUCUUUACAGUCGCUCUCACCUCCGUCGUCAUGCGCUGCAACAUCCCCAGACAACGGCGGCACUAGCAAUGGCAACACCCAGGUGCUUCCAUCUAUUCAAUCCGCACUCAGCGGACUAUCCUCGAGCGAUUUCCCCCCAGCACGACUCAAUGGCAUCUCGCCUUACUCCUACCCGCCCUCCUCAUCGUCGCAAAAUGAUUCACCCCAUGAUCGCCAAAUGACAAGACAAUUCUUCCCGCCAUCACAGAUGCCCACUCCCUACUCUCAUUUUUCCCCCGUGAGUGUCAAGGAUGCAUCAAAUAAUCCGUCUCCGGCGACGUCGUCAUAUUGGAGACCUCCACUACCCGCACCUCCACCCCCACCACCACCACCUCCAUCACAGCCUGCGGAUACCCCACACCAUGCGCCCACUCCAUAUGAUAUGUCUCCUAUGACAGCGAAGAGUCCAGCAACGAGCUACCCAACACCGACCGAACAGAUUGCUCCAACUCCACCAUCCGGUGAGCGAGCUGCAUUCAAUGCCGCACCGCAACCCCCCAAUGGGAUUACUGUGCCCGGUAGCUACAAAUGCACACAUCCUGAUUGCACGGCAGCACCUUUCCAGACGCAAUAUCUCCUCAAUUCCCAUGCCAAUGUCCACUCGCAAGACCGGCCGCAUUUCUGUCCUGUCGAUGGGUGCCCUCGUGGUCUCGGUGGGAAAGGCUUCAAACGCAAGAAUGAGAUGAUGCGACAUGGUCUGGUACACAACUCUCCGGGCUACGUCUGUCCCUUCUGCCCCGAUCAACAGCAUAAAUAUCCCCGUCCAGACAAUCUUCAACGACAUGUCCGUGUUCACCACGUCGAUAAAAAUAAAGACGACCCUAUCCUCCGCCAAGUCCUCGCACAACGCCCGAUAGGUAGUUCGCGAGGUCGACGGCGGAGAAUGAAUUCGGGAUAA